GUUACAGAGAAGUUCUCUGCCCUUCUUAGCAAGUGGAGAAACAAUAACCCAACUUUUUCAUAAGUUACAGAAUAAGCAUUAUUUUGUGGUAAAACAGUCGCUCAUUUUUCAAUCUAACAAGAUGUAAUAAGUGACUCAGAGCUUUGGGUUCUCAGCCGUUGUCUCGCCGUUCAUUAUGUGUUCGCUGAGGCUUUAGAACCUCUAACUCUGGCUAUGUUUUCCAGCCGGGGCUGUUAAAGAAAGGGGGUUUCUACCGCCGUUUCCAAGAACCCAGCAAGAGAGGAACUGUAUUUUAGAUGGGUAAACCAGCCGAGGUGGGUUUCAAUUCACGUGAGUGGCUGCAGAGCCAGUGUCCCUUCCCCUCUCACUUGGGAUUCUAACAUUCCCUCUGUGACGCGGAGAGGACAGGCUGGGGACAGGCACCCGGGCCUCGGCCCUGCCGCGGGUGGCAGAAGCAGCGCGCAGCGGGCGGGUAGCCUGGGCGUGAGCACGCAGGAGCCCGCCCUCCUGGGCAGGAUCCCAGACGGGAGGCGGAGCCUGCGGCCGCGGGAACCCCAAGCCCGCCCCCUUCCCCACCCCUCAGUCUCUCGCCAUGGCCUCUGCUCUGCUCCUGGUCCCUGCCGCUCUCGCCUCUUUCAUCUUGGCCUUUGGCACCGGAGUGGAGUUCGUGCGUUUUACCUCCCUUCGGCCACUUCUUGGAGGGCUGCCGGAGUCUGGUGGUCCGGAUGCCCGCCAGGGAUGGCUGGCUGCCUUGCAGGACAGAAGCAUUCUUGCCCCCCUGGCUUGGGAUCUGGGGCUCCUGCUACUAUUUGUGGGGCAGCACAGCCUCAUGGCGACUGAGACAGUGAAGGCGUGGAUGUCCCGGUACUUUGGGGUCCUUCAGAGGUCACUGUACGUGGCAUGCACUGCCCUGGCCUUGCAGCUGGUGAUGCGAUACUGGGAGCCUGUUCCCAGAGGCCCCGUGUUGUGGGCAGCUCGGGCUGAGCCAUGGGCCACCUGGGUGCCCCUCCUGUGCUUUGUGCUCCACGUCAUUUCCUGGCUCCUCAUCUUCAGCAUCCUUCUCGUCUUUGACUACGCCGAGCUCAUGGGCCUCAAACAGGUGUACUACCAUGUGCUGGGGCUGGGCGAGCCUCUGGCCCUCAAGUCUCCCCGGGCUUUGAGACUCUUCUCCCACCUGCGCCAUCCAGUUUGUGUGGAGCUGCUGACAGUGCUAUGGGUGGUGCCCACCCUCGGCACUGACCGCUUCCUCCUGGCUCUCCUCCUUACUCUGUACCUGGGCCUGGCUCACGGACUUGACCAGCAAGACCUCCGCUACCUCCGGGCCCAGCUGCAAAGAAAGCUCCACCUGCUCUCCCGGCCCCAGGACGGGGAGGCCAAAUGAGGAGCUAACUCUGGUUCCAAGCCGUGUACUUCCUCCCCCCCUCAGAAUUCAAAUUCCUUGAUAUCCAGGCCCUGGCUGCUUUAGACUAGAGGCUUAAAUCUGUGGACUGAAGGAGGACCUGUCCUGUCCACUCCCGUCCCUGGGUCCAUCUCCAUACCUUAAAUUCUGAGUCUCAGCCACUGGACUCCAAGGUGCACUUCUCACCAGCAAGGGAGAAGGGUGGGGAACUUACUGGUCUCCUCACAGAUUGGGGGGGCUUGACAUCCCCCUCACCAACCUCAAAAGGAGAAGAGUCCAGCCUGACUACUCCCCUGGCACAGUUACUGCCUCUGCACUUCCAGGAUCAUCUCCAAGUCUCACUUCCCCUCCUAGGAGCUGCAAGUUUGAAUAGUGGCUGUCCCUCCAGGAUCCCCACUGGCUGGCCUCUCCACCUCCUUAGGCCCCGCCCCCGGGUUCUGUACUUGAACCUACUAGGGAGGACUCUCCUGCUCAAAAUUUCGGGUGACUAAGGGCCCCCCUGUUCACCCGAGGAACACGCAAUGGAGGAAAAUAAAUUUCAGCUGGGUUUUUCUACA